AUGGAACAACAGAUAAAUAAGAGUUGGGACACCAGUGUUCUUGAUCAUUAUCAGCUCAUUUCCAUUCUUGAAUCUUUGGUAAAUGUACAACUUUGUUCCUUUUUAUCUGAUAAUUAUAUUCAGUCGGGGUUUAGACCAGGGCACAGUAGUAUUACUGCAAUAACAUUCGUUCUAAAUGAUAUUGUGGACUUGUCAAGGGCUUUUGACACAGUUUAUCAUUUUAUUUUAUUGAGUAAGUUGUCCUCAAAAGGCCUGGGCACUGACGCUAUGUGGUUUCAGAACUAUCUCAGUAACUGAAUUCCUUGAAGUGUAUAAAGUGGUACCCCAGGCUUCGAUUCUGGGGGCCACUAUUGUUUACAAUGUAUAUAAAUAGCAUUGGAAAUACUGUGAACAAUUUUUAUAAUCAUUUUAUGCUGAUGAUACAGUAUUAUACUCUGUUGUACCAUCUGUAAACCAAGCCUUUUCACAUUUUCAGUCUGAUUUCCAAGUGCUACAGAAGUCAUUAUUGGAUCUUAAGUUAGUACUUAAUGCAAACCAAACAAAAUACAUGCUAUUUUCUAGGUCUGACUUAAAUUACUAGCCUGAACCGAACACAAAUUGAACGCCAUAGUCAUAUAAUAAUACUCGUAGGAAAGGUUUUCAUCUUUAGCUCACAAUCUGUGGAUACUAUACGAUUAGAAUGGUUCAAAUGUAUGUAAAACAUCACAGCACAAUUGAAAAAUAUAUGGCACAUGGAAACCAAACGAGGAUGGUAUAUGGUGGUAGGUGGGAUGGGCUGAGAGUGGCUGAAGGGUGGGAUUAAAGAGUUUAUGUAAUGUAUUAUUGUUAUGUGAUUGCUUUAUAUAAAAGUACCAUGUAUGUAAAAUGUGUAUGCAAAAUGUAUAUGUAAAAUAUAGCAAAAAAGCUGUAAAAAACAAACAAGCAAGAAAUAUGUCCUCAGAAGAGGGUGGAUGGGUUAUGUUAGAAAUUGCGUAAUUCAAAUCUGGUAUUGGAAUAAGAGAAAACCUAAUCAAGAGAUAUUCAAUCCAAGCUAAAUUUAUUAUAUGCAAAAUGUAUGUAUGAAAGGUAUGAUGGUUCGUAAACGGGCUCACUGAAAUACCACGCAGGGCAGACAGAGAACUAAUCCAUUGUUACAGGUUCUUCUUCAAAUACUCUGACAGAGAUAUUUCCCACUCCCUGCUGGCCAAUCAGAGUAGAGACUGAGUGUGGUUUAGACUUACUCAGCCUAUCCGUUGGCGCACCGGCUGGUCCCAGCCUCUUGGCGCUCCAGUGUUGCACACUGUUGCCAGGCAUAAGUUGUUAUCAUAACAACCUGUAGAGUCAACACUUUUUUGCAGUACCCAUGUCCUUGGACGGUUCACAGAUCACAAAGAAGCAGUGUAGUCUAGCAUUUUGUCUCAUCCUACCCCCUAACGUUCCACACAUGAAUCACAGCUUGUUAUGUGAAACAAUUUAUAUCAGUACAGUACAAACCUAUGUUUAUCAUUAAUGCAUUCCUUCUAAGCUAUUCAUCACAUACAGAUCCAAUUAUGAGACAAUAGAACCCCACAAUCCCCCUUUUCACACCCACUGGGUGUGAACCCAAAACAAGAAAACCCAAAAUAAGAAAUUUCAGGGAGAUUUGGAUUCCCCUUUUGACACCCAUUAUGGUGUCACUCAAAAUAACAUAGUUGAACAACACAUAAGUAAGCAUGAGGAUAACAGCAUAACAAAAAUUGAUUCACACUAAAAUUUUAUUCUAAAAGAAAAUAAAUGUUAAAAACCUUCCAUCCUCCCCUACACCUAACAUGUACUGAGUUGGCUACCAGCCACCCAGGAAUCCUUUACCUUCACAUCAGGAGGAAUAAACAAUCACAAUGGUUAACUUGAUUAAUAAAGCAUAAUACACAGGAUUAAUAGAACACAAAACACAAGAUUAUUAAAACAUAAAACACGAACAGGGAAGUACAUUUUGGCCCCCUUUAGACACCCUCUAGGGUGUCACUCCACCAAGCCUGGUAGGUCAUAUCCUUCAUUCCUUAGGUCGGAGUCCGGGAUUGGGCCGUAUCUCACCAUCUGUUGGGAAACCGCCUUCUCAAUCUCCUUUUCUCACCAACCCUCAGACACAGGGAAUAAGACAACAUCCACAAAGAACAAGUAUACCCAUAGAAGCUAUAACUUCACCCAGAAUAGUUACAAGAAUAGUUUUCCAUUUACCAAAUAUGUUAUCAAACCAACCGUUUAGGGAACUAUCAAUACCAGAGUUCUCAGCCAGUUCGUUCGUCAGCGUGGUGAGUCCCUGAAGCGCUUUGGUCACGGACCCAUCCGGUGCUGUGUUGUUUGGGGAUGAAAGUACAGCACAUAGAUCCAAACAGAACACAAACCCCGUCCCGCUCAGCCAAAAGCAUAUCUAAAACUAUUAUAUUCUGCCAUGUCAUUAAGCUAGUUGUCGCUGUCUACUCAGCUAAUCCCUUUAUUGCAUCACGUGGUAUAUAAAUCUUUGCUGGUUAUAGUAAAUAUAAUUUAUCCAAUCGACGUUUUUUUAAAUUGUUGACCACCAGAAAAUACUUGAUUCAAACCCAGCUGCGAUCUGAUUCCUAGCUUUGAAUUCUUCUGGAACCCCUCGAGGUACUCCUAUCCCAUCAAUAUAUAUCCUUUAAUCAAAGGAUCCCGGGAGGAGGCCCCACUUUCCACGUGACAACUCACCAGUCUCUGACACGUUUGAUUGUUUGCGUAUGUAGGUGAGUUCACAAUCUGUUAUCACCACACAACCAUCAGAUGUCAGCACGUGCCUGGUUUUGGUUCCUAAAAUCCUCUGGCUGCAACAAAGAGGAGAGAUUAGUCAUGGUCUCUUUAGUUGUGAUAUUCUCUGUGUGGGAGCAGGAGCUAAGAUGCCCUACCCUGUAUACUAUCCUACUAGUCCUAGAAAAACAAUAAGAAUCCCCUGUGACUUCAAACAGAGGCAACCUAGGUCGGGAUGACUUUGUUAUCGGGGGAUACAGAUAGUGCAAGUUACUACAAGACUCUUUCACCACAUUCCCAGGUGGCUUGCAUGGAGGAUAAACCUGACAGAGAGUCAAAGCCUGUCAAGGGGAACGGAGUAGUUGUUAACCCUGGUUUGGCUGUCCCACAGGCAUAACAGUCCUCUUUAGACAUAGUUCUUGCCGUAUACUGAAUCCAUUCCAACCACAGGUCAAGAUUUCUACACCCUGUCUUCACCUGUACUACUUCCUUCAGGUCUAUAGUUUGCACUAUCUUCACCACAGCCCCGGUCUCACUACCUCCCUCAGAGAGGUUUACUCUAUAUGGUGACCCAGUUGAAGAGGAUAUCUCACUUGUUCAGGUCUGUAACCUGUUUUAGCGUAAUUCAGACUUUCAGACAGUACCUACCCUUAUAUGGGUCGCACUGCCAUUUUCUGGUAAUUCCCUACUUUCACAAUACUACACCUGUCCCUAAACUGUGUAUGGAGAUUGACAUACACCCCCCCCCCCCCCCCCCCCGCUUGGUAUGAGCAACUACAUAGUCCCAGGAUGUACAUGGUGACAUACAUAUGGUGAUGUCCUUCCCUAAAGUCCCUAGUACUUCCCCUUUCCCUACGUCUAGCUGUCUCCUAUGCCUUCGUAGACUGUGCUCAGGUAUUAUUUUAUCAACUUGUGUUAGGUUAACUACUACUUCUGGCUGAUCAGGAGGGUUUGAGUGUGUUAGGAAUAUGGCCCCCACAAUCAGACAGCUACCUACCGUCAGGAGACCUGUGAAUCCCCACCCUCGCCCUGAGAACAUGUCAGACGCCAGAGGCCAACCCAUUGCUUUACCUUCUAUCGAACUCACACAGGGAUGAUCAGACAGGGUAAGGGAAUCUUCAUUAAGGAGCCAACCCCCGAGCCCUAGUGGUGAUCGGUUUUUUCUCCUAACUCUGUGUUUGUUUUCAGGUGUAACUGGGUUUACCUUUUUGCAGUGUGUGACAUGCACCCAGGUGGAUCUAAUAGGACUUGGUAGGGCCCUUCCCAACAGGCCUGCUUCCAGUUUUUCUUCUUUUAGGGACUGGAUACUCACCAGUCUCCUGGUUAGAUAAAGUCGGUCACCUUCUCCUUUAGUUCACCUGUGGGGCACAAAACCUCUGACAUACGGGUGUGGUUAAUAAACUAUCUUCACACAUACAUGUUCAGCUCUCAAUUUCUAAUCUUGUUGUUUUUUUUAAAAGUAUUUUGUCAUCUCCUUCGUAUAUAUUUAUUAUUUAAUCCUACCAUCUCCUACCAUACCAUCCAUCCCCCAUUUGACACAUGAUUUGCCCAUGUGUCAAUAUUACCACCUACCUAAACAAUCACUUAGGUAAUAUUGGUAAUUCAUUAUCCAAUUGCCAUCCCUCCACUCUCUCUUCUGUUAUUUUAUGGUUUAAAUCAUAUAUAUUAUUACCAAAUUAUAAUCUUCUUCACACUUUUCACAGUACUAUAAAUUACCCUCAACUUAGUAAAAUAAACUAUCUUAAAGUCCUCCUCUCAUGCCUUUAGAAUUUACUAGUGUGGAUGAUUAAUUAACACCAGAAGGUUAAAACAGAGUUCAGAGGCAAUUGAAAUUAUUCAACGAAAUGUUCCAUCCCAUAGUAUACCAAACAUUACCAUUAUUCUAAAUAUUUCAUAAAUGUUAGUUAUCCCAAGUGUUCAUUAAGUCCUCAUGACAUUCAUUCUCAUAAGAAAUCAUAUAUACCACAAACUCAGCCAAAACCUAAAAAACUCCAUAAAAUUCACUGUGCGUGCUCCUCUAAGACCUAUCACCCUUGACCUGAUGAAAACCCAAUUUGAAAAACAACAACCACAAAUAGCCAGGCCUCACUUAAUUUGGUAGCUCACUUUUAUGACCUAAAUACUGCCUAACUUCACUACUGCUCCCCCUAGCCCUGGGAAACAUUCCAAUGAGAUGAGCUAAUCUCUUUCUCCUGGUUAUAAUCUAAAGAUGGUAGUACACACAAAACAUGAUACAGAUAUCCCCAGUCUUAACCCAUCAAUAAUUGUUUGUAUCAAUCUAAUUCCUCAUAACUAAUCCAUAAAACCACUCAAAAUUCCUCGAGUAUACAAUGAUUAUUUAAUUGAUUACCCUAACUCUGCUACAUGUGAUCUCAUCUCAAAUGAUCUAUUAUCAAUUAUUUGUUCAACCCCCUAGGAAAAUCUGUCUCCCCUUCUAUUGUUCCUGUCCCCCCUGUAAAUGUCAUAUUUCAGUUGUUAGCCAAUACAAUCACGGUUACAUCAAAUGUUCCCUAAGUUAAUGGUAUUUUCUCCCUAAUAUAACUUCCCUAAAUGAGAUUUAAUCCCCUGCCUUUACUCUACUGUCCUUCUAUCAUUACUGGAUCAAUGAUAAUAACUUUAAUAACUAUCAAUAAUAAUUGUAAUAACUAUUUCACAUUAAAUUGUGCCUUUUUUCUGAUAAUGUUAUAAUUGUAGCCUAUUCCAUCACUUUAGUUUAAAAUACAAGUUUGUUUGUAUAACAAAUCCAUAACCCACCACAGGCUGGUGCUAUUCCCCCAGCACAACAGCCAAUGCCACUUGCAUCCCCGUAACCAAAAUAAAUUAUCGUUCUAAAAUGUACCAAAUAUUUAUAUUUUCCCACUAACCCAUGUCAGUUCGCUAUUCAAUUUCUUUAACUGUUCUCUCUGAUUAGGCCCUGAUUAAUAAAACAAAUACUUGCUAUCGUUGAUAAGCAUACAUUUAAUGAUGUUCCUAACAUUUGAACUAUCUCUCACCCUCCCCUUGCUCCUUCGGGGAAAGCGCAUGGGGACCUUGUAAUAUAUUUUCAUAGACCUUUCUAGAAUACUUCUACUUAAGCUAUCUAAUUCAACCUUUCACAUUUCCCAAUCCACAUAGUAAUCUAGGUCUAUAGCCCCAAUGUGAAAGCUUUAACCCACUGUCCCUACCUGUGUUCGCCAAACCCUACAAACUGCCAUCACUCCACCACCCCUGGAUGCUUUCCUUCUUCAUUUCCCAAAGGCCAGUCAUCCCUCCCCUUAGCCACCCCAUCGCAAACACCUUAAAAAAAAAACAUCCAAAUUGCUUUUUCUACAAAUGGGGAUACAAACUAAUUAUCAAAUUUUACCCCUAAACUAUUGCCUGUAGUAAAGUCUUUUCGUUUUAGUUCGGUUAUCAAUUCUAGAUUUCUACUUAAUAUCCUAAAUGAAUCCCUCUCUCUUUCCCCUUUAUGCAUUGAAAUGAAAUAAAACCCAUAAUAUUUCAAUGGGCCCUUUCUCAAUGAUACAUACUUUAAAAUUGUUUUCCAUAAACCUUUAACAGACGCUCUCACCGUACCCGUUCAAAAUGCCGUUUCCCCCACCAGGUUUGGAAAGCCUCAUCCCGUUUUUCCCGUAAGCCUAAUUUAUGUUCCUCAUUGAAGGCCCCACCUCCCCCUUCCCGGGGCCGUCGGGACCAAAUAAACCUUCUAUUAAGCUAUCUAUUCACCUUUCCAUUCCCUUCCACAUCGUAUCUAGGUUUCCCCAUGGAAGUUUAACCACUGCUACUGUGUCGAACCAGGCCCUCUCAACAACCCAGUCCUCCACACCAUCUGCGAUGCUUUCAAGUAAAAUACUUUUCAUGUCGCCCAGCCCCUCCCCCCCAAUCUAGCCGUCCAUUCAACCCUAUAGGAAAAAAAACAAUUCUCUACCGCGUUUCAUUAAUCCUCUAUCAUUUUUAAAAAAUCCGUAACAACAUUACCUUCCUCUAUUGCUUUUUAAAGUCUUUUUGGUUAGUUUAUUUUCCGGAGGUCCAUAAACUAUAAUAAACAUAAUCAAUUCCCCUCAUACAUUUAAAAUUUCCCUUAUGCAUUAAAACCAAAUAAAUUAUAAUUUUCAACCCCUAUUUGCAUCCACAUAACUUAUUCAUAACCACAUUAGUUAUGUCCUAUUACCAUUUAAACCUUAUCACAUACAAACCCCAAAAGGCACAACUUAAACUCAUUGGGCGGCAAGGGCCCUUUUCCAAUAGUAACAAGAAAGGUUUUGCCUUCCAACCCCAACCGACCCAAAAAAAUCUGCCUGAUUGCCCUCAGCAAGGAAUCAACCCCAAUGCUCCUGCAAGUCGCUCCACGAGCCGUCUUUUAAAAAUUCCGCAAAUUUAAAUAUUUCUCUUAACUUCCACCAUACGUACUCUAGUUCGUUUAGCCAAGUUCAACAUAUUAUCUCAGAAACCAAGCAUCUCAAACAAUGCCCGUUUUCCAGCCAACUCGAGUCUACAUGCCCAAAAGCCACACUUUCGCUUCCACCCAUCCCCGCAAAUCUAUUCUCUGUCAGUAUAAAUGAACGUUUUGAAAAUUUUCAAUCUUUCACAAACUACGUUUUUUAAACAAACAAUUACAAAGUUAAAUUGGGCAACCGUCCGCAAAUUUUUGGGGGGGGGGGGGGGGGGGGGGGGGGGGGGGGGGGGGGGGGGGGGGGUCAUAAAUGACACACUUACACUCGACACACAAUCGUAAUUCUUUGUCACACAACUAACGUUUUUUAGGACACACAGAUAGCAAAGGUAUACAAUGGGGCACACAGCCUCCUCUAUUACGGGGCACACAGCCACCUCUAUUACGGGGCACACAGCCACCUCUACUACGGGGCACACAGCCACCUCUACUACGGGGCACAGAGCCACCUCUACUACGGGGCACACAGCCACCUCUACUACGGGGCACACAGCCACCUCUACUACGGGGCACACAGCCUCCUUCUACUAUGGGGCACACAGCCUCCUUCUACUAUGGGGCACACAGCCUCCUCUACUAUGGGGCACACAGCCUCCUUCUACUAUGGGGCACACAGCCUCCUUCUACUAUGGGGCACACAGCCUCCUUCUACUAUGGGGCACACAGCCUCCUUCUACUAUGGGGCACACAGCCACCUCUACUAUGGGGCACACAGCCACCUCUACUAUGGGGCACACAGCCACCUCUACUAUCCCAUGGGUUUAACCAUCAGAAUUAUCAAACAUUUGCAUAGUAUAUUAUGAAAUUGAAAUAGUAUACUGUAAUCGUUAUUUAUAGUACAAUAGGGUUCACUUACAUCAAACAGGUGCUUCAAAAAAAUUAAUUUGGAUAAAGCCAAUGUGCAGAACUUUAGUUACAUAACAAUAGGUGUCUGCUUACCUGUUUUUAGAAGCCCGGGCACUUUGUGAAACACACCGUUCGACGACAGCAAUGUCCAAUAGGCUGGGUGAAUUCCAGUGAAGUUCCGCUACCAGAUCACAGUCGGAGGUCACCAAUUGUUAGAAAUUGCGUAAUUCAAAUCUGGUAUUGGAAUAAGAGAAAACAUAAUCAAGAGAUAUUCAAUCCAAGCUAAAUUUAUUAUAUGCAAAAUGUAUGUAUGAUAAGUAUGAUGGUUCGUAUAUGGGCUCACUGAAAUACCACGCAGGGCAGACAGAGAACUAAUCCAUUGUUACAGGUUCUUCUUCAAAUACUCUGACAGAGAUAUUUCCCACUUUCCCACUGAUUGGCCAAUCAGAGUAGAGACUGAGCGUGGUUUAGACUUACUCAGCCUAUCCGUUGGCGCACCGGCUGGUCCCAGCCUCUUGGCGCUCCCUUGUUGCACACUGUUGCCAGGCAUACGUUUUUAUCAUAACAACCUGUGGAGUUAGCACCCAAAAGACUGUACGUUCCUACGUCCAAGGACGGUUCACAGACAACGGUUCACAGACAACAAAGAGGCAGUGUUCGUAUCUAUAAGAAGUCUUAUCUGUCUUACCCCCUAACGUUCCUUACAUGAAUCACAGCCUGUUAUGUGAAACAAUUUAUAUCAGUAUAGUACAAACCUAUGCUUAUCAUUAAUGCAUUCCUUACAUACAGAUCCAAUUAUGAGAAAAUAGAACCCCACAGUUAAAUCUAAAUAAACUUAUCUUGGUAUCUGGCUAGAUGAUAUAAAUUGGCAUUUAAACAUGUUACUGAGGUGGUACAGAAAUUGAAGAUCACAAUUUGAGCAUGUUUGUCUUUGAUAACAGAAAGGAUGUUGUCCUGGCCACUUUUAUGUCUGUUUUAGAUUAGGGGGAUAUCAUCUACAUGCACACAGCAGCUUCCACACUUAAACCUAUAGAUGCUGUUUUCCAUUGUGCCCUUAGAUUCAUUACUGAUGAUAAUUUUAGAACUCACCAUUGUGUAUUGUAUCAAAAGGUGGGUUGGGCCUCUCUGUAU